AUGUAUGAUGCGCUGGAACGCAGUGUUGAGUCACUGGAGACCACUGUUGGGUUGCUGAGAGACUCUGUUGGCACUCUGGAGAAGAACUCUAAACCGAACGUAUAUCUGACGCAGACGAUGCUACAAUCAAGGAGAGUAUUUGAGCUGAUGCUGGAGUAUGAUGUGCAGAGAGCGAAGCUGGACCUGAUCGAGGAAGUGGAACCGUUGGUGACUACGCUGCAGGACAAGCUGGAGAAAUCGAUAAAUAGAAUGAGAAGAGAGUUGGACACGCUACAGCAGACGUACGAAUUGAACAAACUGAGGCUCAGCAAGAACAAUAGCAGCAUUGGCGGGCCGGGGAACGCAGAGUUUGACGUUAGCACAGACGCGGUGAUUAUAGCGUCGUCGACAAACGAAGAAUUGGAGGAGCUCAAGAAGCUGAAACAGCUGAAGGAGGCACUGCGAAAGAGACUCGAGGAGGCGAAGAAGUAG